AUGGACAGUAUUGUCACUGGACUGAAAACAUGUGCAAAUAAGUCAAAUUUCAUAAAAGAAUCGGACUCAAGAAAAAAACAAAAGAAAAACGCUAAAAUCAUCGGCGGCGUAACAACGUUCGAAAAUGAUUGGCCUUGGCUAGUUUACCUGGAAAUGGGUUGUGGCGGUACUAUUAUUCACGAAGAGUGGGUUCUAACAGCUGCACAUUGCUGUGAAGGUGAAAAAACAAUAACCGCUCGCUUCGGUGAGUACAAUACUGAAGAUGAUGAUGAAGCAUUGACAAUGACAAGCUCACAAAUCUUCAUUCACCCAGAAUACGGACAAAAGAGCGAUGGCGAUCCAGACAAUUCUGACUGGUGUUUGAUUAAAUUCGGCGAGAGUAUUUUACAGGCUAACGAUAAUGAUGUCUCUACGCAAAUCGCAUGCUUGCCUUCGGGACCAAUCGACCAUGGAGAAGCCUGUUGGGUCGCAGGAUGGGGAGAUACUGAGUACGACUCUGGAAAGUAUUCGGAUGUCAUAUUAUCAGCCGGAGUGAACAUACUCGGCCCGGAUUAUUGUCAAAAAUAUUCAAAUAUUGGCAAGUUGAAUAUUGAUGAUAUUUGCGCCGGCCUUCCUGAUUUCGACGGAGACGGGGACGGGCUUUCUAGGACACCAAGAAUAUUUCUUAUAGAUAAAAGAUAA